UUUCUCUUUCCCUUUCCCUUUCUCCGUCUCUCUCUUCCCUUUCUUGUUGCAGUUUGUGCAUGCAUCAUCUCUUCUUCUUCUGAUCUAUCUUCCUAAAUCUGAUCCCUAGCUUAUAAUUACAACCUCAUCAGAAAACAGCUAGAGGCAACGAUUUUGGACUUGGAUGUUUGAGGGAGCAACAGGGAGAAGCUUCCAAUGGGGAGAGCUCCUUGCUGUGACAAGGCCAGAGUGAAGAAAGGCCCUUGGUCUCCUGAAGAGGACGCCCAGCUCAAGGACUUCAUGGACAAGUAUGGCACGGGUGGAAACUGGAUUGCUCUUCCUCAAAAAGCAGGAUUGAAUAGAUGUGGGAAGAGUUGCAGACUGAGAUGGCUCAAUUACCUACGGCCCAACAUAAAACAUGGAGAGUUCUCAGAUGAGGAAGACAGAGUCAUAUGCAACCUCUUUUCUUCUAUUGGAAGCAGAUGGUCCAUCAUAGCCUCGCAUCUUCCAGGCAGGACAGACAAUGAUAUCAAGAAUUACUGGAACACCAAACUGAAGAAGAAAUUUCUAGGUCUUGUUUCCUGCAACUCCCACCUGAUCAAACAACAACCACAACAACAUCACCAUCAACCUUACUUAUCAUCAUCAUGCCAGGAAGUAGUACUCCCUGCUGGAAUAAUCCCUCACAACAGUAGUGCUAUUAGUGCUCUCAAUUUUGUAUCAACUUCUGCUACUACUGCUGCCUCUCACCUUCAUGUUCCAUACCAUUAUCAAUCUCAUCAGAUGGAGAGAAACAAUUUCAUGUUGAAUUUUGGUAAUUCUGAACGCAGUUGCAGCUCGUCAGGUGGGAGUUGCACCCCCAUCAACUAUGGAAGAAGAGAUCUGCAGUUUGGACAGUAUGAGUACUGCGAUGGCAGAGGUUUUGAUGGAGAUAAUAAUAUACUGAUAAACGCGGAGAAUUAUAAUCUUUAUGGUGGUCGUCUCGAAGAUGACAGCAGUUUGCUACCUGGAGGAGGAGGAGAGGUUAAGUCAGAAUAUACUACUCAUUAUAAUUUGCUGAGUUCCAAUUCCGGGUGCAAUAUUUCUAGUAACAAUAAUUACUCUUUUGAUUAAUAUAUGAUUAACUUAUCUUGGUGCAUGCAUA